CAGUCUGAUACAUACGGUCGCUACAAUGUGUUUGUCCUUCGCCUGUUUCCGUAGUUCCCCCAUAAACACCUUCCUGUCUGAGUCACCGGACGUGCGUGCUGAAGGUCGCGAAUUAAACGAAGCCAACAAUGUCACUUGCAAAGCCAGCGAUGAGAGGCCUCCUGGCCAAGCGUUUGAGGUUUCAUUUGCCCAUCGCGUUUGCUCUUUCCAUCGCUGCAGCAGCCGCUUUCAAGUACACAGUAACAGAGCCCAGGAAACAGGCAUAUGCUGACUUCUACAAAGAGUAUGAUGCCAUGAAGGAGUUUAACGCCAUGAAAGAAGCUGGUGUUUUUCAAAGUGUCAGGCCUUCUGGAGAAUAAAGCAAUGUGAUGUGAUGUGCCCCUGCAUUCCUGCUCUGCAACUGAAUCUUUAUAAGAUUAUUGGAUAUGAACAUUGAUGUCUGAUGUUCUCAUUAAGAUACAAAUAAACUGUUGACAACCA